AGGGACGGAUCCUUUUUAAACUUGAUAAGAUUUGCCCCGAUGAAAUUAAUGUUUUACACCUGGGUCGGAAGAGAGAGGCUACUGUUUAGUCUAGACUAGUCUCGCCUUCUCUGAAUUUAGACUACAUACAACGCUUUGCGUGACGGAAGAGACAAAUCAAGUGCGUAGUCUAUUAAAAAUAUUACUGAGUGGAGUCUGUCUCACUACAGAACAAUUAAGCUACUGUGCUUGAUUGAAGAUUGAAGACAAGACUAAAUGGAAGACCAGACUGUAUAGACCUCACCCUUGUGUUUUAUGCUAAAAUAACGCUACUACAGUUUGAAGUAAUUAAUUGCCGAGAGCCAAGACUCAGAAAAGCAUGAGUCUGCUCGCGCACUUUGCCGUCCUUUUAGGACUAUUUUUUCCGGUGAAAGCUUUGGACUUUACCCACAAACCGAGAGUGACAUUGACAGACAAAGAUGUGAGCUUCCUAAGAAUCCACCUGUCUGGGAAUAACAGCCAUAUAGAGCUCCUGCAUGGCCCUCAUGACAACAUAGUAUAUGCUACAGGCCACAUAAGCCUGUUCCAGGCAAACUUCCACAGUUCUAAGACCUCUAGAAUGGACUGUCACUAUAACAUCACUGUUUUACACAUGACUAAAGAUCCAAACCAACUGUUCCUGUGUGGAACCAAUGGACAACAACACACAUUGUGCUGUUACAUGAACCCAUCAGACGACCCRUUUAUCUGCACUCCAUCCAAGGGCAUCCAAGACAUUGGUCAACACAUAAAUSAAAGAGAGCCGUCGCUCCUCAUUGUUUCUUCUGAGGUAGAGGAGUUCUACAUCACUCWCUCAGGCACAGAGGGUUCCGUGGGGAUCAACAGGUUUGGGGAGAACAGGAUAUGGACAAACAGUAAAACAGAACAGAGAUAUGUGAGUUUGGUGGCUAGCGGGCAGAGAGAGGAUCGUCUGCAGGACARACUAUAUGCUUUCUACAUAGAGAAGAUCCGAGACCCGAGUUUAGACUCUGAUCUCUGGGUUCCCCGGGUUGCUCAAGUCUGCAUGGUGUUUUAAUGCCAUUCCAUUUGCUCCGUUCCGGCCAUUAUUAUGAGCCGUUCUCCCCAGCAGCCUCCACUGGUAAGCACUACAUACUGUAGAACAUGAAUCAUGCCUGCACUGUAUGWAAUCACCAGUGUUGCAGUUUAGUUCAGAAAAUAUUUGUAGAUCUUUCAUAUGUGGUACCACUCCAUUUCUGCCCAUUUAAGCCCUUAAUUAAGACUAAUUCCAUCGGGGUCUCCUUGAGUGGUGUGUGCACUGCCCACUGUGAUUAUCUUAGYAUGUCUGUGGUUGCAUGUGUGUUCCAGGCYGAUMKUGGAGGACCUAAGGGCUAUCUGCAGUUCAYGUGGACCUCCAAGCUGAGUGCCAGGCUCUUCUGUGGAGAACAUGGCAGCAGGCUGUCCUUCACCCAGCUAGUGGACGUGAACACUGUUCUGGCAGAAAGGUGGCAGGAUACCAGGGUCUAUGCACUCUUCAGGAAUGGCUGGGGUAUGAGUGCUGUAUGUGUCUACACCAUAGCAGAUAUUGACCGCAUCUUUAAAACCUCCAACUUCAAGGGACACACGGRGUCCGUUCCAAGCCCACGACCU